UCCCGCACGGAGACCAUUAUCGUACGUGUCAUAGAACAACCAUCGGAAAAACAGCAGCAAACCGAAAGCUUGUCAACAUGGCAGAGACUCACAGUUUGCAGGACAUGAGACAACAAGCGACAAUAGCUGCCAAAGUCUUCAUACAGAGGGAUUAUACCAAUGGCACUGUGUGCCAGUUCCAAACCAAGUUCCCCUCUGACCUGGAGACCAGGAUCGACAAACAGCAAUUUGAGGAGACGCUGCGGACACUGAAUAACCUGUAUGCUGAGGCAGAGAAGCUUGGGAGCCAGUCUUAUAUUGAAGGUUGUUUGGCCUGCCUCACAGCUUAUACCAUCUUCUUGUGCAUGGAGACACACUAUGAGAAGGUUUUGAAAAAGAUUGCAAAAUAUGUACAGGAGCAGAAUGACAAGAUCUACACACCCAGAGGUCUCCUGCUCACCGACCCCAUCGAGAGAGGCCUUCGAGUCAUUGAGAUCACGAUAUUUGAAGAGAGAAGCCUGACCAGAUAGAAGCUGCCAAGAAGCUGCUUGUCGGGCGGAGUUUCUGCGUCAGACCAGUGCCGAUGCCGCUCCCGAAUGACCUCCAACACCUGGACUCCACUGCGUUUCUACAAUCUCUUACUGGAAAUCAUAUGUGUAAGAACUGACACUUGUCACUUGCCAGGCAUAAAAUGUUGUGAAUUUUUUAUGAUAUUGUGGUUCCUAUUUGUCUUUUAUCUGGUUCAGUUUGUUUUUGUUACUCUGUGUUCAGCAGCAGCCUAUUUGACUUACUCUGUUUUCACAGUCUAAACUAAAUCUUUUCAAGUCACGACUAAUUAGCUUUUGUCUGGCCUUGACUAGAAUUGUGCAAUUAUGGUCUUUUCUCCCUACGAUCCAAGCUGAAGAAUAAAGCCAGUCAAUCUGAACAUUACCCUGGUUAACCAUCUUAAUAUUCUUUUCAUAAUAUCUCCACAAAUAAAUGCUGAUUGUUGUCAGAGUCAGACAUUCCAGUCACACACCAGUUUCCAUUCAUCCUUUUUCAUGCCUUGAUUGAAACGUUGUAGCUCUCUGACCGUGCAGCGCUUGUGCUCUCUCCAUACUGUGCAUGAAAUGUUAAUAUUUCCCAAGUGAAUUUGUAUGCUGUGCCUUGCGUAGCGUUUGGUGACUUCUGUUGUGUGACUCAAUAAGCGUCAUUCGUUGAUGGCCUUUGUCUGAAGUUUCAACUGCCCGAUUUACUCAUGGACUCAUGGGAGUGAAUGUCCUCACAAUUUUGGGCCCUUAAUUAUCUAUGGAAAGUUUGAAUUUAAUACAACUCUUACACUUAGUUAAACGUCCCUUAGCAAGUUUAACCCCGACCAGACACAUUUUGUAGCCCUCCACAAGCUUCUGGCUUCAUUUUGGUUGGGUAUUUGUGACCACUUUUUUUGGCAGAAAUGGUAGCGUUUAUAUAGCGUGGUUCUCUAGGGUUGAGGUUGGGGAUUCGGGAAUGUCAGAUGGUUAGUUAGCCGGCUUUAUUCAAAAACAAGUGUUUGGGAUCACUGUCCUGUUGGAACACCUACUUGUGUCCAGGUUGAGCUGUGUAGCUGUUGAUGUGGGGUGAAUUGGAAGAAUUUGGAGAGAGUCCUCCACCUUCAUGAUACUAUUCACAUCCACAUUGCACAAGGGCAGCAAAAUCGCCCCCGAGCUUGAUGCUACCACCACUGUAUUUACACUUGGUAAAGUCAGUAUGUUUGCAUGCAUUCCUAUGGUUCGUUCUAUUUUCACACUUCUUGAAAAACAAACUUUCCAGUGAAUGCAGUGAACUAUUUUUAAUACAUUCUGGGAUUACAUGUCAGUGACGUCUAAAGUGUUGUAUAUGGACAUUCCAUUCAUAUUUCAGUAAAUAAAGUUGCAUUCACUCCUUUA